UCUGGUAUACUUCAGACAGGGAAAAAAUGAGUAAACUCAGGAAUGAAUGUGUGACUGCCAAACUGGCACUGGUUACUUCUGGAGUGACUAAGGAUGUUAUGAUCUCGUAUGACCAGGUGGAUGAAGAAAUCACCAAAAAGCUGCGGGAAAAGCUGGUGGGUGAGGGAAUCCGGGCUUGGCUAGAAACUGAGGAUAUCAAGAGUGGAGCAGACAUCUUUGCUAGAAUAGGACAGGCUGUUGUGGAUAGUAGUAUUUUCUUGUUUGUCAUGAAUACAGAGUCAGUUAGGUCUAAGAUUUGUCAGGAUCAGCUUGCUUUAGCUUAUGUCUCAAACAAAUCAAUUCUUCCAGUUGCUCUGCUUCCAAACCAAGAACUUCUCAAUCUCAUGGACAAUGGAAUGCGCUUGGAGCUUGCUGGAUUUGAAUGGUUUCCUCUGUCAGAAGAAGACCUAGUAGAAAAUUUGAGGGAUAUCACCAACCAAGUAUUCAAACUUCUGGAAGAGAUUAAAAAAAAGGAAAAUAAAGGCAAUUCAUCAAAACCAGAAUCACCAGUUAAGUCAAGACGAAUGCUCAACCGAUCAGUUUCACGGCAAAUCAGCUUGAAGGAGUCCAAACUUUUUUUGGAGGAUGGUGUUGCGUACUGGUCACGAUCUUUUGGGAAAUCUGUAAACGUGGCCUGGGAAAAGUUUAAAAGACAGAUUUUGACUGACUUUAAAGAGGAUUUCGACAAAACGUUUGGAGAAGAAGAUACAGAAUGGUUACUGGCUAUUCUACAUAGAGAACUGGAAAUCGGUGCUGAGGAAAUCGUAAAGAGAGAUAAUUAUAUAGAGUUUUGUACUAUUGAUGAUCACAUUCGUCCACUGUGGAUAAGAAUUCAGGACCAGGCACGAGAAAGUUACGCCAUGCGUGAGGUUUUCAAAAUGGACUCCUCUGUCAGAGUUCAAGCCAUCGAAAACUUAGGAAAAUUCAAAAGUGUGACUGUCAUUGAUGCUUUGCGGGACCUGUUGACUGACAAAGACCCUAACGUACAGGCGGUAGCUAUCAUUUCCUUAGCCCGAACGGGAGCCAAUGAUGGCAAAACUGUUAGCAAUGUGAUGAGGUGUCUUCGCUCUAGAGACAGAAUCGUUCGUGAGGCUUCCUGUCUUUCCCUUGGUGUCAUGAAAGCAACUGUAUCCAUAGAAAAGUUGGUGGAUCUAUGGCGUAAUGACAUCAUUUCUAACGUACGUGAGGCAGCCCUUGCUGCUCUUAGACGAAUCGGAGGAGAAAAAGCAGAGGAAGCUAUCCGUGUAACCACAGUACUGGAGAAAGAAAUUCGCCAUCUUAAGACAAGCUAGAUCUUAAUUUCAUGGAGAUUCUACACUACCUCGUCAAUUAUAAUAUAAUAGUCAACUGUGAAUUUCUGUUGUCCCAUAGACAUGCUGAAUGGGUCCAAGACAAGGUCAAUGUAUGAAUCCUACAGAGUUAUUUGUAGAUACUUGUCAAACCCUUAUGGAUUAGUGAUUACCUUCGUACAGCUGAAGACGUUCAUUUAUAACUUUCAAUACUGUAUCUCUAUGCUUUCUUGUCCAGCAGUUUGGGUGUGGUGUUUGGACAUCUUACCAAUGAAAUGAAAUUAUUUGUUUAUUUACGAAAAUCAAAAGUCACUCUAAACUUUUGAUAUGACACCAUAUAUUUUAACUACUAAAUAGUAUUUACGAUUUUCAAUACAAAAUUUAAGGAUU